UGAACUGAAUCAGCACAGUAUCACUUGAAGGCUUUCCAUUGGCUUGAGUAAAGACCAGUGCUGAUGACAGGAUGGAGGGAUGGAAGAGCAGUACUUAUGCUCCUGAUCAACCUGCUGCUUCCCCGGGCACACAGCUCCCCAGCAUGGACAUGUGGCCAAAGAACAAGUACCAAACCUGAGAAGUCAGAAAUUUUGGAAAUCACAGGUGGGGAAUCUGCAGACAUAAUAGAUUUUCCAUGGCAGGUGAGGAUUCUUUACCAAGGGAGACAUCUUUGUGGAGGAUCAAUCCUCAGCGAGUGGUGGAUUUUAACUGCAGCCCAUUGCUUCAUAAACAGAAAUAAUUUUGAGAUAAAAUCUGGCUUGGAGAUUAUACAUGGUGAAAGAAACAUUGAUACCAAGAACUUGACAAGGAUGAAAGUGGACAAGUCAAUUAUUCACCCUUAUUUUGACAGCUGGUUCUUGGAUAAUGACAUUGCUUUGCUCUUACUCAAAUCUCCAUUUAAAUUGGGUGUCAAGGAAGUACCCAUCUGCCUGUCAGAGGUUAAUGACAUACAGAAAUGGAGAAACUGCUGGGUGACUGGAUGGGGCAUUACCAUUCCUAUGCAAGAUAUGGCUUCACGGCUGCAAAAAGUCAACAUCAAGCUGGUCAAAUGGGAAACAUGCUCCCAUAAGGUGCCUAUACUCACCAGGAACAUGCUGUGUGCUGGGAGCCCUCAAGGUGGGAAGGACGCCUGCCAGGGUGACAGUGGGAGUCCUCUGGUUUGCCAGAAAAACAACCACCAAAGCAUAUGGUACCAACUAGGCAUUGUCAGCUGGGGAGUUGGCUGUGGCCGGAAGAAACUGCCUGGAGUGUACACGAAGGUGUCUAAUUAUCUGUCAUGGAUUGACACAGAGACCGCGAUGUCAGGAAAGCCCUAUGUGCAUGAGCCAGACUCCGGGUACAGUUUGUUUCUCUCACCUUGGGCCAUCUUGUUACUAUAUUUUGUGAUACUUCUAUUACCCUGUGAUUAA